CAGAUACACACAGGCACUUCAUCCAUUACUCACACACACAUUUAGAUUCACCACAAAGAGAGAAGAGAGCUAGUUGUAAAGAAGGGAGAGCUUGGAGUUGUCCUGGGAACCACAUUGCUGCCACCGGCUAGUUCUUCUCUUCUCUUCAUUCCAUCUAUGUAUCUCUUAUUUUUUGUAUUCAUAGUUAUGUCUAACUAAUCCAUUUAGUUAGGGCUUAGGAUGAAGCCCUAGUCAUGAAUAUUCAAUGUUAUGGAUGAUUUCAUAGUUAAUUGAUUUCCUUACUUUCAUUAUCAAGUUGUUAAUCUCCAGUUUAUUAUGUGCUUGAUGUGUGCUUUCUUGGAGUAGCUAAUUAGGAUUUUAUGCAUCUAGCACAAGUUGGGAAGGGGUUUAGAUUCACCAAUUCUACUCUCCUUUCACAAGCAACACAUGAAUUAACGAACGAAUCCACGAACUAGGUACUGAUUGAAUCCACAAACGAAACAACGAGAAGAAUCCAAGUCGAAUUCAAGGCAGUUUCAUAGCAAACACCUGAUCCACGAUGUCGUUUGAGUCCUCAUCAAGAUUUUUUCUUGAACUAGAGAAAAAGUGAGAAAAUCCAAAUUGAGCACCACAGGCUUCAAAAAUUUUUGGGGCAGAAUGGCAAAGCAUGCGUGGUCCUGGUUGAAGGAGAGGUGGAAAAGCGAUGGAGGCAAAGAUGGAGAGGGGCUGGGAAAGGAUGGGUGAGGUCAUGGUCGGGUUGGCUGGGAAGGGAAGAGAGAAGAUCGCAAGCAAAGCCCAAGUAAAGCCACCAGCUAUGAUUCACAUCCCCUUUUUCAUUCUCUGUCUCUGAUUGGUUGAACCAGAGAAGUAAGCAUUCACAGCAUGGGUAGCCACCUGAAUCUCUGGGUACGUGAACCCAUCCCCAAUAGCAACCCCACCUAAAUUCACACCAGUUAUGUAAAGAGGCCGUGAUUUAAACACAGGGUCAAGCUCAAUAAACUUGGUAAUUGCAACAAAGAGGUCUCUGGCAACUGAAAUCUGGUCUCUUGGGAUCUCUUCUGGCUUCGCAGCUAUACUGAAUCGAGUUCCAAUUGGAUUGUCAAGAAACACCAGGCCAAAGAUUCGGUUCCAGGAACCAGAAUUGGGAGGACACGCCAUGGGCCGAGCUCGAAGAAGUUGCCGAUCAUGGAGGAGUAACCGGCGCCGCCUUGGAGCCAAAUAGUUGUGGGGUUUGAGAGAGAUCGGGUGAGAUUAUGAGGUUCUGAGCUUCAUGAAAAGUGUAGAAAAUUGUAGAGCCUGUGGUGGGAUUGACUGGGAGGUAGCCUGAUUUGGUGGGAUGAGCUUGUUUGGGGAACAGAGGUUGUGAUGAUGAUGAUGAGGAAAAAUAAAAAGAAUUAAGAGAUCUGGGUUUCAUCAGAGAAUUCAGCUGGUACUUUUAAAGCGAAUUGGUGAGCUACACUUAUUAGCUUUACAACAUACCUCAAUUUUAUCUCUUGCAAUCCUGCCAAAACAAAGCUUAAUCCUGCCAAAACAAAGCUUACUGUAACGGCACUGCACACAACCAGAUCAACUAGCUUGUUUCCGCAUAUCCCUUAUCUGCAUAUUCACAUUGAGUGCCGCAAUAUAUAACUGGCGGCUAACAAGUUUCAAUUUCACUCAUAAACAUAAACACAAAAACAUCUAGCAGUCUUCAAUAUUAUAUGAGCAAUAUGUCCCAAAGCUUAAGCUCAUCUUCACCCUUUUCUUCCUUCAAGCCCUCCUCACAUCCCCCACAUGAAUCCAAGCAGCCCCAGCAAACUCAGAUCUUCAGAGAAUACAUAGGAGCUAAAUUCAAGAAUGUCAAGUUUUCUGAUGUCCCCAUUAACCCAAAUGUUGAAUUCCACUUCAUUCUCUCAUUUGCCAUAGACUAUGACACUUCCUCCUCUCCCACCAACAGAAAAUUCAAUGUCUUCUGGGACUCUGAUAAUCUUAGUCCUUCCCAAGUUUCCUCCAUCAAAAAUCAGCAUUCAAAUGUCAGAGUGGCCUUGAGCCUAGGAGGAGACACUGUGAAUAGUGUCUAUGCUUACUUCAAGCCUUCCUCAAUGGACUCAUGGGUUUCCAAUGCUGUUUCUUCUCUCACAAGCAUCAUCCAGCAGUACAAUCUGGAUGGAAUUGACAUUAAUUACGAGCACUUCAGCGCAGAUCCCGAUACCUUUUCAGAGUGCAUUGGGAGGCUUAUAACAACCCUCAAGAACAAUGGAGUGAUAUCAUUUGCUUCCAUUGCUCCCUUUGAUGAUGACCAAGUUCAGAGCCACUACUUGGCCUUGUGGAAGAGCUAUGGUGACUUGAUAGACUAUGUGAAUUUCCAGUUUUACGGAUACGAUCAGGGCACCACAGUGUCUCAGUUCAUCAAUUACUUCAAGACACAAAGCUCCAAUUACAAUGGUGGGAAGGUCUUGGCAAGCUUUAUCAGUGAUGGGAGUCGUGGACUGUCUCCUGAGAAUGGUUUUUUCACUGCCUGUGACAGGCUCAAGAGUGAGCAACAACUUCAUGGUAUCUUUGUUUGGUCUGCAGAUGAUUCCAAGGAAAUCGGUUUCCGCUAUGAAGAGCAAUCACAAAAUCUCUUAGCAACCCCCCACUAGUACUAUAUUAUCUUAUAUAUUUAGCUUCUAUAUGAAUAUGAUUAAGAAGUAGGCUCUGGAAUUGGAUUCCUGGAUAUUGUAAUGCUUGUUGUACUUCAAUUUAUCUGGAGUUAUAUAGAUAUUUCGGAUUGUGUUGUUUGAGUAUGUAAGAUCGCUAUAUUAUAUAAAAUCUGCUGAUUUUCACAAA